AGUAGUCAGGACUUAUUUGAUUUGGAAAAUUGAUUUCUUGGUUGACGAAAUACGGAGGGAUACAAUCAUAAGUUAAGCGUGCAUGUGAAUGAAAGUUGCAUUCAAUGGCAUUUUCCAAGUCUGCGGAAGAUCCCGCGUAAAUUGAAAGAGCAAAAUCUCAUACAAGAUUUAUAUCCUAAACUAUAUUCGAGGAACUAUGAUCAUGGAUCCAUAGUCAUUACAGAAGGCCCAUGCUCUGAUUUAACAUGUUUAAGCUAUCAUCUAGAACAGGCUAAAUAUUUGUAAGCAUUUCCUCUUUAUUGGUUCUACUGGAAAACGUUAUGUAAACUACUGAAAUCAUAAAGUGGAUGAAGUUGUAGAUCAAGACCCUAUAGGGUUUGGCGUACAGGUUGUGAUCCUUAAUAUUCUGCAGAUCAUGUUUGCAUCUUUGAAAAUUACCUGAUAGUCCUCUUCACUUCGAAAUAUUAUUACCUCCAACCAAUUUGUAUUGAGUGAUCGGCCGCUGGUGUAAAUAAAUGGACGAAUGCACAUCAACAGGGUAUCAAACACGUGAAAGGACAAAUAGCUGAAUGAAUUAUUCGCCGGUUAGAAAUGCGUUCUAGCAUGGAUACAGAUAAUAAGGAUUUUCCUUCAUUCAUUUCCAAUUGAAGGGGAAAGGUCGUCCAUGCAUAGAUCCAACUCAACGUAAUAUGCAUUGCCAAUAGUAUACGUGGCAUGGGGGCAUGGGCAUGUGUUUAUGGUUUCUUUUUUUGGGGUGUAUUAAUGCACCCACUUUGUGGACAUACUGAAUGGACCAGCAUGCACGAAAUGGUCGGAAGCCAGAGGAUAACAAAAGUUGUGCUUUUUUAUUUAUUUAGCCCUUAAUUCUACCACGAAGCCUAUAAGAAUCUACCUGAAGUCAUUGAUUGAUCAAGAUCAGGCGGAACAUGGCGGUGGUUCAUAGGAUUGGUGAAUCAGUGAUGAUACUUGCACUUAUGAUUUCAUUAUCUACCAAAGAUGGGGUGGAUUCUUACAAUGUACUCCUGUCUGCAAACUUCGGAGACGGUAGUCACUACAUCGCCAUGAGGGCUAUAGGUGAAAGCCUGGUAAAGAAAGGACACGAAGUGACUUUUCUCGUAGCCGAAGGCUUUCCACACCCAUCCAUCCACAAUGAAGACUUCGAAAAGUUCCAUUUCGAACGAUUUAAUCUCCCAGGCCUCAAGGAUAAACUCGAGGAUGCUUAUGCUAAGUUGAGUUACUUGACUCUCUCAGACAAAGGGGGUGAUGAAAUAUCCGAACUGAUGGAAACCUUCCAAAAUCUUAACAGAGAUGCUUGCAGUGUUAUAUUCAAAGACAGUGCUCUUCUGGAGCGCUUAUCAACCUUCGAUGUUUUCGUGUUCAACAUCAUCUGGCCAUGCAGUGUUUAUGUCAAGUCACACCUUGAGCGUCAGAAGGGCGUAAGAGACAUUCCAAUUGUAGCAUUUUCAAACACAAAUAUUAACCCAUAUGUCUUAUGGGAAGCAGCUUCUCCGUUCUUCCCAUCAUUCCAGCCUUCACCAAUGAGUAGGUUGACACCGAGAAUGAACUUCUUCGAGCGCCUCAGGAACACCCUGACCUAUCUGUCCAUGAUUCACAAAUUUCGAAGAACUGUUAUUUCAGAACCGUUCAGUCAUCUGAUAGAUGAUUACGACUUGGACCCAUACCUUCGAAUUGCAAUGAAUAACCAUGUCAAUCUAUAUUUAGUCCACACUGAUUUUUCGAUUGACCCACCGUUUGCUAUGACUCCCAGUGUUAUUCCUGUUGGUGGACUCACAGCCAGAGCUGCAAAAGCACUAGACAAUGACGUAGAAGAAUUCAUGAAAAGCUCUGGAGAUGAUGGCGUUGUUGUAUUUUCACUAGGAUCAUACUUCUCUACUAUAACAACAGCUCUACCUGAAAUUCCAAGGAUGUUUCUCGAAGCCUUCGCGAAAAUUCCACAGAAGGUCAUCAUCCUAUCAAAGGUGGGUCUUGUACAAGGUCUACCUGAAAACGUUAGGGUAAUACCAUGGUUGCCACUCAACGAUCUGCUUGGGCACUCUAAAACACGCCUUCUCGUCUACCAUGGGGGAUCAAGUGGAAUCUUUGAAGCAGUGUAUCAUGGCGUUCCUCUCGUUGUUAUGCCUUUAGGUGGAGACCAGUCUGACAUCGCCGUCAGAGUUGUAUCUAAGGGAAUAGGUGUCCAACUAGAUAAAGAUACUCUCACGGCAGAGAACAUUUAUGAACGGGUGACUGAAGUCCUAAGCCAACCUGUGUAUUCCGAAUCAAGUAAACGCAUUUCCGCCAUCUUGAGAGAUCGACCAAUGACUGCAGCUGACACAAGCGCGUACUGGAUCGAGCACACGAUUAAACAUGGGGUUGAUUAUCUCAGACCAUCGUCUCUUGAUCUACCUUUUUACCAACUUUACCUUAUCGAUGUUUUCUUGUUCUUGUUCGCACUUAUAUCCAUUGUGUGUUGGAUUUUUCUUAAAGCUCUAAAUGCAUAUUUUCAAAGAAAAUCAUCACGAAAGCUGAAAAGGUUAUGAUUCUGACACAGUUUAUAAUCUAAGAUCGGAUAGUUUUUAUUCAAUUUGCUGCUUAGACACCCCAUACUCUCCUAUUUAUUGAAAUGGUUCAACUUCUUCAGACUAACUCUUACAGUUUCCCCUGGAGACAGAUUUCCACAGGAUUUCAUUAUUGAUUCUUUCUUCCUUGGCUAAUUUUAUUGACGUGUGCAAUAUACAAUGUCAUCUUAAGUACAUGAUACUAUGGAACAGACUUCCUGAAAACAUCAAAAAUUGUAUCUCUGUUGAGUCUUUCAAAGAUGUUCUUAAAACCUUCUUUUUUACUUCUUCUCUUUUAUAUGCCUUGAGCACUCCAAAGGGUGGAUAUAGCGCUUUAUAAGUCACACGUAUUAUUAUUGUUAUUCAUGUUUUGAAUACAAAAUUGAUAACGAGAAUUAAGAAAAUCAUGUUAAUCGUUCGGAAUUUUAAUCAGCUAUUGAUAGACAGUAGACAUCAAUAUGUACAUUACAUACUGCUGUAUGUACAUUAUUUUCAGAAGAUACCGGUCGUUGUGUAAAUUAGAGCAAAUUUAUUAAGUGUGUAUUGGAUCCGAUCAUCAAUAUCAUUGUCCUUGGUAUAUUUAUUUAAUUGAUAUUCACAUUUUAUCUCCUUCAAAGACAGAAUUCACAUAUUCUUCAUAAUGUACACAUUUUCAACAACAAAAUGGUUUAAGGUGGUCCCGCAUUAUAAAUUAUUAAUAUCUUUAAAUCCAAACUUUUUUUUAAAGUAAAUCUAUUAUUUCCGGAGGAAGCACACCAGAACAUUGAACCUAUGUCAGUCUGAACUCAUAAAAUGUUUGAAGAGAAAUAGAUAUCCCCUCUUACAGUUCCUAUUCAUAUGCCAAAACACAAUUGCCUGUUUGAGGUGAUAGAAUUCCCCCUUCUGUCAAGCUUAUAUAAGUCAUUUUCUAAUUUUCUCAUAAUAUGCCUUAUAUUUACCGGAGUUCAUUGGACAUUGAUGAUGAUGAUGAUGAUGAACAAAAUAAUUAACAAUGUUGUGUGAUGUGUGGUGGAGACUAACACAAUGGACUGGAUCUCAGAACAGUGAUAAUAAACAUGAACAAUAUUUAAAAUAACAGCUUAUUAAUAAGAAACACCUGUCUAGUCUAGUCGUUUAUUCCAAUCAAUUAAUUAGUACUGGAGGAAAUUGCAUUGUAGGAGCAGGGAAUUCCUAUACAUAUAUAUAUAUAUCUUUGUUAGAUGUGGACGUACUAAGCUCAACGUUGUCUUGAACUACGUCACAAACAGUAACAGAGGACAUUUGGACUGGUGCCAACCGGGGAUUUGAUUAAAGCAUUUUCUUGUCCUGUCUACCCCCUAUCGCUUGGUGAUAACAAUAUUUGCAGACGACACGACGAUUGCUAAGUGCGGAUGUGCAUUUUGAUGGUAGUACCGUAAUACUAUCGCUUUCUGAGUGGGAUUUGUUAUCCUAUAUCAUGAGUACGCAUACCCUAUCUUGCAGUUUUUAGCCCUCUUGAAAAUAUUUGUGUAUGACGGAAUGAGAAACUCCUACAUUCUAGAUAGGUUUACUGUGGUUUCAGUAAAGAAGAGUGAAUAAACACUAAGUCACGAAUAUCA